AUGACUUCUGAAACGACAGAAACAAUGAAACUUUGUGAUUCUGUGAAAGUGAUGAUAAAAGAGAUAGUCCAGCAAUUUGAGUUAGUCAAAAAGCAACCCGAUCCCGAAUCAUUCAAGCAAUCCCGUGAAUCAUUUACUCUCAAAAUUGGAGAUAUAGCCAAUUUGGUGACGAUGACCAACAAGUCAGAUUACACGGAGCGUGAGUUAGAGUCUCUUCAAACAGUAGUUUUACUCGCUCAUUUAUUAUAUGAAGUUUCCAAGACGUGGGUAUUUGAGAAAAGUGUUGAUCAAGAGAUUGAGCAGAAAAUCUCCUAUUUAGAGACAAACACGACCAAACUGAAUAACAUAGCCAAAGAGGAAGCCACAAAGAAAAAAAUCGAUGUGAUGGGGGAAGUUACCAAGCACGUUGACACGGGAAAAGGUAAAAAUAUUAAUAAAGAAUUAGAGAAGUUUGGUAUCAAAGAAGCUUCAGUGACUCUUGCGAUCUCCGAAGCUCGUGCAAAAGUCGUUGAAUAUCGAAAGAAGCAAGAAGAUGCCAAUAAAGCCCUAGAAAAGCUCUACACAUUGUUAGAACCAGCCAAAGGACAGUGGACUAAAGAAGACUUCAUCAAAACGGCUUUUGGUGAGAAGACACAACCCGCGGCGAAUUAA